AUGAGGACAUUGGCAAAUCCAUGGUUUUCAAAGUUCUUAAUACGAGUUGGUGAUGGUGAUGAAGAAGCUAUUGAUGGAAGUUUUAUUCGAAUACCUGAUGACAUGUGUAUUGCUUCAACUGAUCAAGCUAAAUCGAAAUAUGAUUUGAUUAAUGUAAUUUUUCCUUCUUUGCAAAUCAAUGGUGGUUCUUCAGACUAUAUUAUUUCCCGGGCCAUAUUAUCAACUAAAAAUGAAAAUGUUGACCAAAUUAAUAAACAACUGAUCGAUAGUUUCCAUGGAGAUGAAAAGGUGUACUACAGUUUUGAUAAAGCAGAAGAAGAGAAGAAUAACUUCUAUCCGACGAAAUUCUUAAACUCUCUAAAUGUUAGUGGUUUUCAAAUGAACGUCAUCGAUGUAGAAAUAGUAGUUGGUCAUCAAGCUGGAAAAAGAGUAUUUUUGCCAAGAAUACCUCUUUGUCCAUUUUCUGAUGACAUGUUUCCAUUCAAACUAAAAGGAAAGCAAUUUCCAGUUCGACUUAGCUUAGUUGUGACAAUCAAUAAAGCUCAAGUCCAAACAAUUCCAAAUGUGGGUUUUUUCCUACCGGAAUCAGUUUUCUCGCAUGGACAACUUUACGUCGCACUCUCUAUUGGAAUAUGUGACAACCCGAAAUUUCUAUCUGUACAACUAUUCAAUUCAAUCAAAGUCAGACUUGUUUCUGCUAACUUUUAA